AAACAGAGAGCCCGAGAGAGCAGUUACCAUUCCAGAUCUGUAUUUCUGCCUUCACGCUUACUGUGAAGGGAGGUCUCUGUUGAUACACACGCACACACACACACACACACGCAUGCACACACAGGCACACACACAUGCACACACAGCUCACACAUGUCCACUGAGGAAGAGUUGCGGUGCUGUGCUGCGAUCCUGCUCAGGAACGGAUUUAAAGCUUUAAACAGUCACAAGAAAGAGAGGUGAGCAUGUCGUCCUGUGUCGCGAAGUCCAGAAGCAGGAACCCGUACACAGCGGUGCAGGUGGACCCAGACAGUGAUUACAUCACACCGGGGACAUUAGACCUGGAGCAGCUGUUUUGGAGCGGCUCUGGAGCUCAGUACGCUCAUGUCAACCAGGUCUGGCCUGGUGUCUACAUCGGGGACGAGAAAACAGCUCUGGAGCGUCCGGGCCUGAAGGAUUUGGGUAUUACACAUGUCCUCAAUGCAGCAGAGGGAAAGUUUAAUAAUGUGCUGACUGGUGCUGAGUACUACACUGACAUGGACAUCCAGUACUAUGGUGUGGAGGCUGAUGACAAACCCACCUUCAACAUGUCCCAGUACUUCUGCUCUGCAACCCAGUUCAUCCACGAGGCUCUCAGUCAGCCGCAGAACAAGGUGCUGGUGCACUGUGUAAUGGGUCGGAGCAGAUCAGCGACUCUGGUUUUGGCAUACCUGAUGAUGAAACACAGCUUAACUGUGGUGGAUGCUGUUGAGCAUGUGAAAGAGCGGCGCUGCAUCCUGCCCAAUCACGGCUUCCUAAAGCAGCUCAGGGCGCUGGACAUCACGUUACAAGAGGAGAGGCUGAGACAGAAGAGAGAAACGCAACAGUAGUGC